AUGAAAAUAACCAUUAAAACAUUGGAUCAAAAGACCAGAGAAGUCGAUGUAACACCAGAGGAUACGGUGUCCGAUUUGAAGUUACUCCUUGAGAAAUCAACGAACAUUCCGGCAGAAAGGCAACGCUUAAUAUAUAAUGCCAGAGCUAUAGACGAUGACCGAUCGUUACGUGAGUUUGACGGGUGUACGCUACAUUUGGUAGAAAAGCCAAAAAAACGAACAUCGGAUAGCAAUACAGCUAAAGAAGGAAGCAAGGCGGCAACAACUAGUCAAAUUUCUACUGUUCUUGAUCUUGAAAAACGUGCUGAAUCUGUACAGGAGCAUUACAACGCAGCUUUUAAACUAUUAGAUAGCCAGUUCCCUAUCCCAGUGGUUAGGCUCGAUUUACUGCAAUCUUAA